CGGCGCUCAGGCGCCUCAAUAUUGCUCAAUAUCGUGGUCAUUGCUCCGUCCUGCAAACUUAUAAGAAGCAAAUAAUCUCGAGGCGCACGAUCAUUUGUGAUCUCCUAGAAUGGCCUCAGCACUGCUCAUUCAUCGGCUGUCGCCAGCCCGGCGCUUACCAUACACGAAUACAAUGGAACGUCGAAGACAAUAACCUACGCCUGCUCUCCAAUCUCCAGAGUUCACAACAAAAACAACGCAACCAUGGCAAUAACGACCCGAGUAUACGCCUCUUCAGAGUGCGGCGCUGGCUGCUUUACGCCUUCCUCUUCGUGUCCUUCCCCCUCUCCACCAUCGGCGGGCCCGCCAUGUUCGCUAGUCUCUUCGCAAUUCCGUUCCUUUACGGCGCGUCUGUUGCCGCUGCCGAUUCUGUAUCAUAUGUCUGCGUUGCGGGACAAUGCGUUGAAGGGUUCGCGAAUAUCACCAUUGGGGCCACAUUGUCGGGAUCGAGUUACAGCCUGCAACUCCUUCCUGACACUUACACAUCCACGAGCAAUCCCGAAGUGCUUCAUGACCUACUCACGUCCUCCAAUUCUACGCUUUCACCUUCAACUGGGUUCUCAGCCAACAAGACCAUCUCACUCCCUCUCGAUUUGGCUCUCGAGGCUGGUAUCAUCACAUACGCAGACGCGAACUAUUCCGGCUCCGCUUCCUUUACUGCGCUAAACACAAAUGCUUCGACCGCGAACACCUCCAAGGAGCUGUCUGCAGGCUCUUUCGCACUUGCCUCAAAUAUGUGGGCAUCUUUCUCUGGCAGCACCUCAGACAACCGUGUCAUCUUCUGGGAUGCCGUGCCUGACCUUUCCCAGCUGCCUUCCAGCACAAUAAGCAGCCCACUCACUUUGCUCGGCAUGGAGUCCUCCUCUUGCUCUCCCGCGUGUUCGAGCGCCGGCGUGUGCACGUCCUCAGGUACUUGCGAGUGCAAGGCAGGUUUUACCGGCUCGCAGUGCGAGUCGUGCGAGUCAAACCGUUUCGGACCGGACUGCUUGGCCUGCCCCGCAGGUUGUGCUGAUUGUGACGAUGGCUUGCAGGGUACCGGCAAGUGCCUGCAGUUCGAGGUCAGCGAUCUGCCGUCGACGUGCAAUUGCAUCAAUGGUGUAUGUGAAAGCAACGGCGAGUGCACGUGCAAUGCGGGAUGGACAACCGCGUCGAAUGGCACGGCGUGUGCGACGUGCGCGGCGGGAUUUUUCCUGGAUUCGAGUGGGAACUGCGAAAUCUGUGGGCUAGGAUGCACGGAGUGCGCGGAUGGCACAGGCGACUGCAUAACCUGCUCGUCUGGAUUCAGCCGGAGCUCGGAUGAUGCGACUGAGUGCAAUGCGCUUCAACAAACAACAUCGAGCGGCACCGUGUGUCCAGACGGAAGCUUCAGUAAUGGCACAACCUGUGUAACGUGUUCAACCUCGUGUCAGACCUGCAACGGGGCGACAUCGAACGAUUGCAUCAUCUGUGCUUCGGGGUCUUACAAGCUGAACGGCAGCUGCGUGUCCACGAACAGCGAUGGCGUGUGCGAGAACUCAGUCAUGAUUGGGAACAACAACAAGUUCGAGUGCGACAGUUGCCCGGCAAAGUGCACAAAGUGUGAGAUUGCGGGCUUCUCGGCGGCAUCGACGACCAAUGAAGCAACGUGCACCGACUGCGUUGCUGGAUACGUGCUAUCGGAUGGGGCAUGCGUGGAGAGCUGUCCAUCGGGAACGUUCCUCAGUCCCACGGAUAAUUUGACAUGUACCGCUUGUGACUCUUCCUGCAGCACCUGCGUGGGGUCAUCAACCUUCUGCUUAUCGUGCUCGGAUAGCAAACUAGCGUCUGACGGCAGUUGCGUAUCAUCCUGCCCAUCGGGCACGUUCAGCUCUUCUGGCUCUUGCCUCGCCUGCCACCCAGAUUGUGCUAGUUGCUCCGGCGGCUCCUUCAACCAGUGCUCCAGCUGUAACUCUGACCGCCCGGUUCUCGACAAUGGCCGCUGCCUUCCGACAUGCUCGCAGUCAGAGUUCUUCGACACGACGUCUUCCUCUUGCGUGUCGUGCGACUCGAGCUGUUCCAGUUGCUCCGGCUCGGGAUCGGGAAAUUGUCUUGCGUGCUCAAGCUCGAGUCAGGUCUUGCGUGGAGGGACGUGUGUUGACGCGGACUGUGGCAAUUCCAGUAGCGUCGUGACCGGUCUUGGGAUCUGCCUCUCCAGUCUCGUCUCAUCAUCAUCCGACACGACCAGCGCAUCAGACACAACCUCCCGUACAAGCACUACUACCACCUCCCUCGCAUGGUGGGAGAUCAUGCUCAUGGUGCUCGGCUGCGCCUUCAUCUUCUUUAUCAUCGUCAUGCUCUGGCGGCAGCGCAUGCGCAAGAAGCGCGUGCAGGCGACGCGCAAGUUCGCAUUGGCGAAGAGCCUCGACCGGCCACAGGGCUGGCGGUGGCGCCUCGUGCGGUUCUUCCGGCGCGGACCGCGGCACCAGCCUCACGUCGUGCCUGACGAAGAGUCGUUCGAGGACGUCAAGCUCGAGAAGCUGCGCGAGGCGGAGGGGGCGAGGUAUCCGCUGUCUUUUGUUAUGGAGAAGUCGCGCUACCAACCGGAGCCACUGCCUUCGCUGCGCAACUACGAGGACGACAAUGUCCAGCGACCUCCGCGACACCAGCGCCGGACGUCGGGUGUCUCGCUCACGACGGACUCGAUAUAUACGCAGGUGACUGGCUACCCACGCCGGGCGCCGCAGCCCCGCCAGCCGGUGCGAAAUCCGAGGGACUUGUUGCCAUCACGAUUCUCAGAUAUGACAUACGCCUCGGAUGAGCGGUUGGAGCAGGCGAGAGCGCUAACGCCUGCGCAGGAGUACGCGCGGUCGGUGACGCAACAGCGGGAUCUGCUCGCGCCUUCGCAUACUGGCGGUUCACGCUCUAAUAAUCCUUUCUUACGAUGAAGUGAACUUUGUAGAACUCUUUUCUUUGCACUUUAUGUGGGCAGGGCCCUGAGACUUUUGUUUUCUCCUUCCCUGGACUGGACGAUUUGGGCUGGAUAUCAUGCAGACUUUUGCGGAUAUGCCUCUGCACGCCAUUCGUUACGAUCUGUAGCUCUCGCCUACAUAUCCCGGUUGUAUUAAUCUUCAUGUAUCGAUAUUAAUGCUGCAAUACAGUACCAUGCCAUAUGU